GAGUGACCUGCCCCUGCCCCGCAACUUCUGUAAGGGGCUGUACUUUUGGCCCCAGAGGCCACUGCAGGAACCAAUGAAUGCCACUCACUUGCCCACCCCUCACACCCCUCGGGUCCUGGACGUUAAUGGAGUGACUUAAUGAUACUGAGUGGCCUGAGUGUGGGCCCCCUUCUUCCAAGGGUGAGCUGGGGGGCCCAGGCCGUGGCAGCCGCGCUCAGGCCCUGAGUCUUUCUUCAGAUCCUGCUCCCCCAGGAUGGCAGCGGCACUUGGGCUUCCAGCGCCCCAGUGGGCGCAGCCUCGGGGCAGCGGCCACUUGUCGUUCCAGGAGACGGUGCCACUGACUUUCCAGGACGUGGCUGUGUACUUCUCUCACGAGGAGGGUCAGCAGCUGGGCCCGGACCAGCGGGCGCUGUACAGGGACGUGAUGCUGGAGAACUACGGGCAUGUGGCCUCGCUGGGACUCCCUGUCCCUAAGCCGGAGCUGAUCUCCCAGCUGGAGCAAGGUGAAGAGCUGUGGGUCCUGGGUCUUAUAGGAGCCGAGGAAGCGGAGCCCUUGAGCAGCCGCAGCACAGAGAGAGGGGAAAGGAAGAAGAAAGAGAGGGAGAGAAUCAUUGAUGCGAGAAACAUCAGUCGGCUGCCUCCUGCAUGUGCUCCAGAGGGGGACCGAACCCACAACCCAGGUUUUGAGAUUGGGACCGGGAAGGAACCACCCAUUGUAAACCAGAAAUGCUCUGAAGAAGUAAAAACCCCAGAGCUGAUAUCCAGAAGAUGCUUGGGGUAUAACCCACAGGCACCUCAGUUGCAGGAAGCCUGGGACUGUGAGGGUAAAGUAGGGGGACACCUGGGGGACUCUGAGCAGAGUUUGAAUAAACUCCAUCUUCACAGCAGAGUUUUUUGGAACGAAACUGCCACAUGCAGGGAAAGACCUCUGGGAGAAGCAAUCCAGGAGUGUGGUGUGUUUGAUAGAAACUUGAAUUUGAACCAAAAUGCUGUUAGAUAUCAAAGAAAUAAAACAGGAGAGAAAGCCUUUACAUGUGAUACAUGCAGCAAAACCUUCAGAUACAAUUCAGACCUACGUAGACAUCAGAGAAGUCACAGUGGGGAAAAACCUUAUAAAUGCGUUCAGUGUGGGAGAGGCUUUGCUCUCAGCUCAGGCCUUAUUCUGCACCAUCAGGUUCAUACUGGAAGUAAACCAUUUAAAUGUAAUGAUUGUGGGAAGACUUUUCGUCUCAAUUCCCACCUAGUUCUCCAUCAGAGACUUCAUACCGGAGAAAAACCUUUCAGGUGUGGUGAAUGUGGGAAGGCCUUCAGUCGAAGCUCAACUCUUAUUCAACAUCGUAUCAUUCACACAGGAGAGAAACCAUACAAGUGUAAUGAGUGUGGCAAAGGCUUCAGCCAGAGCCCACAGUUAACACAGCAUCAGAGAAUCCACACUGGCGAGAGACCGUACGAAUGUGAUCAGUGUGGGAAGGCCUUCAGUCGAAGUUCAAGCCUUAUUCAGCAUGAGAGGAUCCACACUGGAGAGAAGCCCCAUGUGUGUGACCAGUGCGGGAAGGCCUUCAGUCAGAGCUCAAGCCUUUUCCUCCAUCACAGGGUGCACACUGGAGAGAAGCCCUAUGUUUGUAAUGAGUGCGGCAAAGCCUUCGGUUUUAACUCUCACCUCACUGAACAUGUAAGGAUCCACACAGGCGAGAAGCCCUAUACUUGCAACGAGUGCGGUAAAGCCUUUAGCCGGAGUUCAACUCUUGUUCAGCAUCGAAGAGUUCACACUGGGGAGAAACCCUAUCAGUGCAUGGAAUGUGGGAAAGCCUUCAGUCAGAGCUCACAACUGGCCCUGCAUCGAAGAGUUCAUACUGGAGAGAAACCCUACGAAUGUGGCGAUUGUGGGAAAGCCUUCAGCCGGAGGUCAACCCUCACGCAGCAUCAGAGGGUCCAUACUGGGAACCCCCGUACAUACAGAAAGUGUGGUCCAGCCUUUGCUCCUGGCUCCAGUCACAGGUCCCAAAGACAGACGCACUCCGGAGAGAAGCGCUCUGUGUACGACGGACACGGCAGAGCCUUCAGCCGCAGCACGAACCUUGUACUUCAUUGGACGAUUCACAGACGUUUCAUGUUUUCGGAAUCCGUCGCUUUUUGAAUGUGGCAUCUCUCAUUUAACGUAUUGGAGAUUCAUCGUGAUAUUGCGUGUGCCAAUAGUUCCUCCCUUUUUACUGCACAGUGGCAUCCAUUGUACGGAUGUGGCAGUUUGUUUAUCUGUUCCCCACUGAAGGGUAUUUGGGUUGCUCCAUCUGGGGCAAGUAUGAAUAAAGCUGCUGUAAGCAUUUAUGACAGGCCAUUCUGUGGAUGUGAUUUCUCCAUUCUCUUG